CCCCAUCCUAUCUCACAACCUCUACACAACACUUUUGUACAUUUGAAAACAGCAUCUUCAAAACAACACACAGGCAGAAAAAAAAAGGAAGAACCUCAACCGACACCUGAUCUAAUUUUUCACAUUUCACAAAAGGAUGGGAUCUGUGGGAGUUCAGAUUGUGUGUGUGGCCCUCGGCGUCCUCGGCCUGAUUGGGGUCAUUGUUUGCUGCGCUGUUCCUCGCUGGAAGGUGUCUUCCUUCACAGGAAACAACAUUGUGACUGCACAGAGCAGUCAGGAGGGCCUGUGGACAGAAUGCGUGGUGCAGAGUACCGGCCAGCAGCAGUGCAAGAACUACGACUCCCUGCUGGUGCUGUCCUCUGACCUGCAGGCCGCCCGCGCCAUGACCAUCAUCAGCUGCAUGCUCAGCUGCCUCAGCCUCCUCAUCCUGUUCUGCGGCGCCGACUUCACUACCUGCAUUGAGAACGAAGACGCCAAGCCGAAGAUCAGCCUCGUGGCCGGGGUGGGCAUGCUGCUGGCUGGCCUUCUGGUGAUCAUCCCCGUCAGCUGGUCCGCACACAUUAUCGUGAGCACCUUCAACAACCCCCUGAUACCUGCUUCCCAGAAGAGGGAGUUGGGAGCGUGCAUCUUUGUGGGCUGGGGAGCUGGCGUACUGCUGCUUCUGGGUGGAGGUCUGCUCUGCUGCUUCAGCAGGCCCAAAUCCAGCUCAGGAGGAACUGCCAAGUACUACAGCAACAGCGCCUCAGCCCCCAACAAAAACUACGUGUAGAUGCUUCAUGAAAGGGACCGGUGUUUGAGAGAAAGGAGGGCAGGGGGAUUUAGUUGGUAAAAGACUGGGAAGCACAAAACAGUAGAUGACACCAGGGGUUAUUUUGAAAAAGAAAAAGUGUAAAUAUCAAAUGCUGACAUUAACUUGCUUCCAUAUUAAUAGUCAAGCUGGUGACGUUUUCAUUUUGGGUGUUGGGUAAAGCAUAAGCUAUGAAAGUAAAGGCUAUACAUUAUAAAUCACCUCACAAAAAGUUUGUGACCUUAGAAUUAAAACAUUUUGUUUGGGUUACUGCCUUGGCAUAUAUGACAACAACUAUGAUAUUCUAGCUUUAAAACUGUUGCUUUCUACUUUUUUUUUUCUUGAAAUAUGUGACCUCAAAAUUGAUUUUGAAAGAACAGCACAAGUGUAAAAGAACAUUAAAGGUUAUGAAAAUGUGAAAAGUGUAUUUGUGAGAUGAAAAACAAUCGGACUUUGUGAGCUCUAAGCUCAAUGUAUAAAGAUGAAAGAGCCAAAUGGCCUUUUUUAGAUGCACUAAUGGCUCAUAUUUCACAUACAGUUUGCAUGUUUAAUCACUUGUCUGUUCCUCUUUUAUCUUUGACGCUGUUAACUGUCUGUGGUCAGAAUGAGCUGUCAAAAUAGUCUUUAACCAAACGCGCCUCAGAAAGCCUCAGGGAGCAUCUAUGUGCACUUGUUUCUCUGAUGAUAUGUCUUCAAGCGUCCACAUUACAUUUCCUUUUAUGAGACACUUCUUGCUGCUCAUUUUGUUUUGUUUCUCAUUUUGUAUGCAGAUGAGUAUUACUGAAUAAAAAUUGGUCCAAUUGAAA